AUGCGCGGAAUUGGUAUUACCGCAUACUCCAAGCCGGAUGGCUACCAGCUCCUGGACUUCGAGACUCCGACAGUAACCAGCCCGAAGGAUGUCCUCAUCCAGGUGCGCGCGGCGAGCAUGAAUCCCGUUGACGUGAAGAAAGCAGUGGGGAUGCUGAAGCUGGCGAUGCAAGAUGAAUUCCCGUAUAAACUCGGAUACGACUGCUCUGGGGUCGUCACCCAGAUCGGGUCAGAAGUGACCCGCAUCAAAGUCGGGGAUGAAGUUUAUGUGCGGGUUCCAGAGAGUGACCGGGGGUCCUGGUGUGAGUACGCCAAAUGCAGCGAGGACUUCGUCGCCUUGAAGCCGGCAUCCAUGUCCUUUCGCGAUGCCGCCGCCAUGCCAUUGGCUGCUAUGACCUGUCUGCAGGCACUGCGGCGCUACGAAGGGGAUCUGUCUGGCAAGACGGUGUUUAUACCUGCCGGAUUAAGCGGCACGGGGUCGUACGGCUGCCAGAUCGCCAAGCACAUCUUCCAGGCAGGACGGGUGAUCACGACGGUGUCGAGCAGCAAGGUCCCGCGCGUGGAGGAACUGCUGGGGGCUGGUGUUGUCGAUGAAAUAAUCGACUACACCAAGUCCGACCCGCAGACAGUCAUCCCGCGCGGCUCGGUGGAUUUCAUCCUCGACACGGUCGGGGUAGCCAUGCCAUACCUCUCGCUCCUCCGACCAGGCAGCGGGAAAGUUGUCUCGAUCUCGACAUUGCCCUCGGGUGACCAGAUGCAGUCAUCUAGCGUGAUGCGCGUGCCGGGGUCACCGGGGUUGCCGAGACCUAUCCGGUUUGUAUUGAAUGCGCUGGAUAGUAUCCGGCGGUACCGUGCGCGGCGGUGGAAGGUCGGCUAUGAAUACAUGUUUCUCGAGCCCAACUGGCAGGAUCUGGAAAUUUUAGGCCAGGCGGUGGAGCAGGGCCAGUUGCGGUCCGUGGUGGGGACGGAGGCUCGGUUGGCGGAUAUUGAGGCGGUGCGGAUGGCGGCGCAGAUGGUGUAUAGUGGGAAGGGAGGCGUAGGCAAGGCGGUUAUUAUUGUCUAA